GUGCGCAGCUGCCCACCCAACAUGGUUUGAUGCUUGGAUAUAGGAUUCAUCAGCAUCCGGCAAACACUAAAGUAGUGGACCAGGAAUACUUUUCUUGUCGCCGUGUUCAGCGUGUUUUGCUUUCUUACCCGGUGGGUGCCCAUUGGAUGGCGGUUGGCACGCUCCCAGUUUGGGGAAGCACACAGGAGUACGGGCACGGGAGCAGAGCAAUGUACUGCUGGGGAAAACAUAUUUUAGCCACCUAAAGAAGGCCAACCUAGAAUUACAUCAUCGAGUUUCUUGGAAGCUGCCAGGUGAGUUCUGUGGCUUGCUGUCGGACACAAGGAAACACAAACCCAGAGCUUAUCCAAAGAAUUUACAGUUAACCUGUUUCUGUAAGGAGUUUGAGUCUGAACGCAUGAAUAGAUGCAGAGCAUGGUCCUUUGUCAUCCUACAGAGGAGUGACAGUGUCCUUGCCAGGCCCGCUGGGAGAGGACCAUGGCCCUGAGCGAUGCGAGUGGCGACCCUGUGGCUCUCAGCAACGGAGGGCACCAUCCUCUCAGUGCCAACAGAAAUACCCCUUCAAACACCAGCACACCAGUCAGCAACAGCCAGGACCCGGUCUCAGCUGCCUCUAGUGGUGACUGCCUGACAGCAGAGGGAGACGAAGAAGUUGUAGUAAAGGAUGCAGCGUGUAAAGUUCAGCAGAGAUCGCAUGUUGUCCAGAGAACAAACAGACCAAACCAAAAUGGCGUCGUGGUCAAACAGAACGGCUCCCUGAGGAACCUUCCCCCAUCCUCCCCCACUGUCACAGACUCCCAGAGGCUGGCCAAACGCCACCUAUCCUCCACCCUCUCCCCGUCCUCUUCCUCCCAUUCUCUCCAGCCCCCGCCGCUGUGCUGCCAGCGCUGUCACUUCCACUCAACCCUGUGCUGCCCCUGUGGACAGCAGGAGUGCCCGCUCUUCCAGAACCCAGGGACAGGCCCAGGGCCCAGCUCCAUUCCCCACCCCGGGGCCGCUUCGUCCUGCCCAUGCUGCCUCUCUGCCUGCACAUACUGUCACCCCCAUGCCCAUCUUCCUCACCCAUCCUCCCCUCUCUGUCUCCAACACCACCAUCACCAGCGCUGGCAGGAGCAUCUCCAGAACCAGACACCUGGAAUCAGCCCUCCAAGGCCCUUUCGAUUCCCAAAAAGCUAUGCUGAGCUGAUAGCUGAUUGGCCAGUGGUGGUGCUGGGGGUGUGCACGGUGCUCAUCGUGGUGUGUGCCCUCGUGGGCGUCCUGGUUCCUGACCUGCCUGAUUUCUCUGACCCACUGCUGGGUUUUGAGCCACGGGGAACAGCCAUUGGCCAGCGACUGGUCACAUGGAACAACAUGGUGAAGAACACGGGCUACAAAGCCACACUGGCAAACUACCCCUUCAAAUACGCUGAUGAGCAGGCCAAAAAUCACCAAGAGACCAGAUGGCCAGAUGAUCACUUUGAUCGAGACAAACGGCAAGCAGAGUGGGACUUCAGUAAAGAGUUCUUCUGUGAUGUGCCAGGUGACAGUUACUCUAGACUGGUGUUCACAUCAGCUGAGGGGAAGAACCUGUGGAAUAUUCAGGCCAUCAAAUCCAUGUGCAACCUGGACAACACGAGGGUGCGUUCCCAUCGUGACUACUGGAGUCUUUGUCAGCGCACCAACGACGCCUCCUGUUGUCCCAGCUGGACGCUCGGUAACUACAUUGCCGUGCUCACCAACAGGUCGUCGUGCCAGAAGAUCACAGAGCGCGAUGUAUCGCACACUCUCAAGAUCCUGCGCUCGUGUGCCAAGUACUACCACAAUGGCACCCUGGCGUCCGACUGCUGGGACAUGGCCCUGCGACGGAAAGACCAGCUGAAGUGUGCAAGUGUGCCCCGGAAGUGCACCAAGUACAACGCCGUCUACCAAAUCCUUCACUUCCUGGUGGACAAAGACUUCCUGAGUACCAAGAGCCUGGAGUAUCCCCCGCCUGUGCUCAAAUACAGCAUGCUCUUCUCCCCCACAGAGAAAGGAGAGUCUAUGAUGAACAUUUACUUGGACAAUUUUGAGAACUGGAACUCCUCAGAUGGCAUCACCACGGUCACAGGGAUCGAGUUUGGCAUCAAACACGACCUUUUUCAGGACUACCUCCUCACGGACACAGUGUAUCCCGCCAUAGCCAUCGUGAUAGUCCUGCUGGUCAUGUGUGUGUACACGCGCUCCGUUUUCAUCACUCUAAUGACAAUAAUCGCCAUCAUCAGCUCACUUAUUGUGUCUUACUUUCUUUACCGAAUGGUCUUCAACUUUGAGUUCUUCCCCUUCAUGAACCUCACGGCCCUCAUCAUCUUGGUGGGCAUCGGCGCAGAUGACGCCUUCGUGCUUUGUGACGUGUGGAACUACACUAAGUUUGACAAACCACACGCUGAGCUGUCGGAUACAGUGGGUGUGACUCUACAACAUGCCGCCCUGUCUAUGUUUGUCACCAGCUUCACCACUGCUGCGGCCUUUUAUGCCAAUUACGUCAGCAACAUCACCGCCAUACGCUGUUUUGGUGUCUAUGCGGGGACUGCCAUAUUGGUGAACUAUAUUCUCAUGGUGACCUGGCUUCCAGCUGUGGUGGUGCUGCACGAACGCUACCUGCCUAAUAUGUUCCCCUGCGCCAAGCCUCCGCAACAGCAAAGCGGUUACUGCACCCGGACGUUCUGGGCAGGUCUUUGUCACAAGGCCAACAGAUGCCUGUUCACCGUCUCUGAAGCAUCUAGGAUCUUCUUUGAGAAGGUGCUGCCCUGCAUUGUCAUCAAACUGCGCUACCUCUGGCUCUUUUGGUUCCUCGCCAUCACGGUGGGCGGGGCCUACGUGGUUUGUGUCAAUCCAAAGAUGAAGCUCCCGUCUCUGGAGCUGGCAGAGUUUCAGGUGUUCCGAUCCUCGCACCCAUUUGAGCGCUACGACGCAGAGUACAAGAAGCUGUUCAUGUUCGAGAGGGUUCAUCACGGCGAGGACCUCCACAUGCCAAUCACCAUCAUCUGGGGCGUGACACCUGUGGAUAACGGGGACCCCCUGAACCCCAAAAACAAGGGAAAGCUGAUGCUGGAUAACAGCUUCAACAUUGCCAGUCCAGCAUCUCAGCUGUGGAUCCUCAACUUCUGCCAGAAGCUGAGAAAUCAGACCUUUGUCUUUCAGUCAGAGGAGCAGGACUUCACCAGUUGCUUCAUCGAGACAUUCAAACAGUGGAUGGAGAACCAGGACUGUGAGGAGGCUUCCGUCUACCCCUGCUGCAGUCAGUCCACCUUCCCCUACAAGCAGGAAGUCUUCGAGUUGUGCAUCAAAAGAGCAAUCAUGGAGCUGGAUCGGAGUACGAACUACCAUCUAGACAGCAAGACCCCUGGACCUCGAUUCGACAUCAAUGACACCAUAAGAGCCAUAGUGUUAGAGUUCAAGAGUACCUACCUUUUCACCCUGGCCUAUGAGAAGAUGUACCAGUUCUACCGUGAGGUGGAUGCCUGGAUCGCUGAGGAGUUACGCUACGCCCCAGCAGGCCUCAGCCACGGCUGGUUCAUCAGCAACUUGGAGUUCUACGACCUCCAGGACAGUUUGUCCGACGGCACUCUGGUUGCCAUGGCGCUGUCGGUGGCUGUGGCUUUCAGCGUUAUGCUGCUCACCACCUGGAAUGUCAUCAUCAGUCUGUACGCCAUCCUCUCGAUUGCCGGCACCAUCUUUGUCACCGUCGGCUCCCUGGUUCUUCUGGGCUGGGAACUGAAUGUCUUGGAGUCCGUAACCAUUUCUGUGGCGGUAGGGCUCUCUGUGGACUUUGCAGUCCACUACGGCGUGGCCUACCGGCUCGCUCCUGAGCCUGACCGCGAGGGAAAGGUGAUUUUCUCCCUCAGCCGCAUGGGCUCUGCUAUCGCCAUGGCGGCACUGACCACCUUUGUUGCCGGUGCCAUGAUGAUGCCCUCGACCGUGUUAGCCUACACCCAGCUGGGCACGUUCAUGAUGCUGAUCAUGUGCAUCAGCUGGACCUUUGCUACCUUCUUCUUUCAGUGCAUGUGUCGCUGCUUGGGACCCCAGGGGACUUGUGGCCAGAUCCCCCUGCCCAAAAAGAUGCAGUGUCAGGUGUUCUCUGAGGUCACGUCUGUGAGCCCUGCACCUCAAGGGAAAGGGAAGUACCAGCUGGACAGCAGGGGUGGGGAGGUGGAGAAUUAUGAGUUGGAGCCCUUGGCCUCCAGUCAGAAAAGUGAAGAUAAACCCAGAGAGGAGCAGGAUGUGUGCGCUCAGCUCUACAAUGGAAUCCCUGCUCGCCACCACACUGGCCCUUUCUCACACAUCCAUUACCAGAGCAAAGCUGAGCCUGGCAGAAGUGGCCCUGAGAAUGGCCUCGUCACCACACUGAGCACAUCCAGGUGCCAGUACUCUCAAAACACUACUUGCACAUGUGGGGACCCUUCUCCUCCUCACCACCUGUCUCAGCAGUGGACCUCCCACUCCUGUGCUCAGCCUCCCCUGGACUCCCCUUCCUGCCCUCCCACCCCUCAGCUCUUCCCGCUCUCAGGAAACACCCCAAGCAAACAAAAUGCAGCCCACUUAGACCCAGUCUACACACACAUGGAUUGCCGUAUGCACUAUGUCCACUGUCCCCCUGCCCAUUUCCACCACUGUGCCCAGGGACGAGUAGUGGCCCCCAGACAAGGACCUGCCCACAGUUGCAAUCUCAGGAAGUACUGCGUCCACACCGCAAGCCUGCAGAGAUCCACAACCACAGCUUUGAACCAGGACCCUGCCUCAGAGCCCGGGGGGCAAGAAGAUGACCAUAAACAUGAAACGAGGCCCUCAAGCCCUGACAGUAUCCAAAACAUCAGUACCCCAGCCCUGACACAGGCUCAGACUCUGUGCCCCUCCCCCUCACUGGACUCACCACACACAACCAGUAAUGAGAUACAGAAGGGAAGGGACAGUGACCAUUGUUGUGGUGACAACCACAUGUCCACCCCAACCACUGAUACAACAACACAAAUGGAUGCUUGUUGUAAAGUCCCUGGCAACCAGGAGAAGCUCAAAAGUAUUCCCGUCACACGGGAGGAAAGUGUCAAAAAGUGCAAGCGGAACUCCAAAAGACAGCGGGCGUCCUCCGCCUCGCCAAAGAAACUCUACUGUUUCAACAGGACGUUGAAAGUGAAGUGCAAUUCAGCUUCAGAGUUUAACGUGCCAAAAAAUGAAACCAGCGUGCCUCCUAUUGCAAUAAACACCAAUCCCUCUACUGAAAGCUUGUGUUGAUGAUGAAUUGAUAUUUUAUUAAAAACUCAAUCCAGAACAAAUAGCAAAUGUACAAAAAAAAGGAAUGACACAUACAAAUGUCUCAAUCAAACAAGGUUUAUGAUGUGUUUGCUGACCAAGUGCCUCAAUAUGUUUCUUAAAGCAGCACGGACCCACUAAAUAUAAUCUGUUUACAUGUUUCUUUUUGUACUUUUACGUGCCAGAUUAUGCGUUUUGGAUUUUACAGUGGAACACACACUAUUUGUUAAAGCUAUAUCAUUAUGGGAAAUUAAUGGUCUUUUCACAAAGGCACCUCCGUGAAAUGUUGCUAACUUCAGUGUUAAAUAUACUCCUGCAUCAGCCAUUCGCACCCACAUGAAAUGGUUUAGUAUAUAUUGUGAUAUUUUGUGUAAUUAUCAAUGUUGUCAGAGAUGAUCGCAUCAACCAUAACAAAAAUGUGCCAUGUUUUACAAGCUGAUAAAAGAGUCAUAGCCUGACAUUUUUUGUAUUUGUGGGAGCUAGUGUUAAUUUCAGUGUGCUCUAGUGUUUCAAGACGCCACACGACUCGGAUAAAAGAUGUACUGUAUGAUUAAAAUGUCUUUUUUUUUUA